AUGGCUGCCGCGAAACGAAUCAUUGCUAGAAUCAAUCCAUCAAACAGUGCUCUGUUUGUUUGUGAUCUUCAGGAGAAGUUCAGCAAGAAUAUUCAAUAUUUCAACGAGAUUGUUCAAACAUCCCGCCGACUAAUUGAUGCCGCCAAAAUUUUGAAUAUGCCCACGGUGGUCACUGAGCAAUAUCCGAAAGGUCUCGGACACACCGUGCCACUUCUGAAGGAGGGUCUCGCCGAAAAUACGCCAAUUUUCGACAAAUCUCGAUUCUCCAUGUGCCUUCCCCAGACCGAGGGAUUUUUGAAAAACGUGCAAAACGUCAUUCUCGUCGGAAUUGAGGCUCAUGUUUGUGUACUUCAAACAACCUACGAUUUGCUUGAGCGCGGCCAUAAUGUGCACGUUGUCGUGGAUGCCGUUAGCAGCCGAUCGCACACCGACAGACAUUUUGCCUUCAAGCAAAUGGAGCAGGCAGGAGCUGUCUUGACUACUUCUGAGUGCGCCAUCCUCGGACUCGUCGGAGGUUCAGAUCAUCCAAAUUUCAAAGAGAUUCAAAAACUCAUUAUGACGUCAGCCCCAGACACCGGUUUGGUUCCAGCUCAUAAACUCUAA